AACGAAGUUGUUUUUUUUCUUUCUUAAUCUCUUUGUUUGACUCCUCAGGUUUGGGCGAGCUUUUGUCAUGCGUUCAUCAAGGCAUUUUUUUUUUCCCAGUAUAAGCAAAUUUCUCUUGUGUACCAGUCUUCCAUUGGUCGAAUCAGCACAGUCAGAUUCUACCACAAAUUUAUCAGAUUGGAAAUCAGGGAGGAGAAACGGCAGCCGAGGACAGAGGCUUGAAUUUGAAGACGGGAUUUUAAGACAGCGCAAGACCCCGCUCAAAGAGGAAGGAGAGACAUUAACCGCCAGGAAAACUAAAAGUAAUUUAAAACUUGCGGGCAAGAGAAACGGACAGCUAAGAGCUGGUUUCGUUUGACACUUUGUGCAGUGAAGAUAGCGUUGCCAUGCCCCGGUCCUUCCUGGUGAAGAGCAAGCGGUGUCUGUCGCACAACCUGCGCCGGUUUGUCGACCAGGAGCGCACUGCGGACAAGCAGUCGGCGGAGACUCACGGCGAGAGACCGCCUCCUCUGCGUGAUGAGGGGGUGCCCCUGGCGGAGCCGCUGGGCCACGCUGUCCCGAGCUAUCCCUACGUCAAGCAGGAGCAGGGCGGUGAGCACACCGUGCCAGCCCACAGUGACCCUGUGUCAGCGCCCUCGAGCACUGCCGCACAUCCUUUCCACAGCCUGGAGGCCCAGAUGUCAGAGCUACCGUCUCCUCCCUACUACAAGCCUUCAUUCCCCUGGGACUCCCUGCACCCGGCCUACAAUUUCCGCCAGCUCUCCUGCGGCUUUCCCACCUCUCUCCUGCAGCACGCCAGCACCUUGUACGGGGCGCACCUCAAGGGCAGCCCGGAGCACCCCCAAGCCCUGGACUGCAGCACCCACUACUCCCCCACGUCGGACACCUACCACUGCAUCACCUGCAACAAGGUCUUCUCCACGCCCCACGGUCUGGAGGUGCACGUGCGGCGCUCCCACAGCGGGACCAGGCCCUUCGGCUGCAACAUCUGCAGGAAGACGUUCGGCCACGCGGUCAGCCUGGAGCAGCACAUGAACGUCCACUCACAGGAAAGGAGUUUCGAGUGCAAGAUGUGUGGAAAGACCUUCAAGCGCUCCUCCACGCUGUCCACCCACCUCCUGAUCCACUCCGACACCAGGCCCUAUCCCUGCCAGUACUGUGGCAAGCGGUUCCACCAGAAAUCCGACAUGAAGAAGCACACCUACAUCCACACGGGGGAAAAGCCUCACAAGUGCCAGGUGUGCGGCAAGGCCUUCAGCCAGAGCUCCAACCUGAUCACGCACAGCCGCAAGCACACCGGCUUCAAGCCCUUCGGCUGCGAGAUCUGCAGCAAGGGCUUCCAGCGCAAGGUGGACCUGCGUCGACACCACGAGAGCCAGCAUGGGCUCAAGUGAGCCCCGCCCGGGCCCCGCCUCCCACCAGGACCCCGCCCCCUGCCAGGGCACUGAGCCACGCCCCCACCAGGGCCCUGACCCCCGCCAGGGCACUGAACCACGCCCCCACCAGGACACUGGGCCACGCCCCCACCAGGGCCCGCCCCCCGCCAGGGCACUGGGUCACGCCCCCAACAGGGCCCCGCCCCCGCCCGGACACUGGGCCCCGCCCCCUCCGCGGGCCGUGUCCGCACACGUCCGAGUCCUUCAUGCUGGAAGCCGUUGGAGGUGUGGAGACUCCGGACAAUGUCUCUCUUCUCUGAGGACUGCUCAGCGCUGGGAGUUACUCAUUACAGAUUGAGUCAUGAGUCAUUACAUGACAUCGUCUCCUCUCGGGUCCUGCCCAGCCGUUUGUUUUUUUCUUCUGCCAGCGUGCGGCGAGAAAAGUGACUGAAUCGGUGCUGUCCGCGGUCACUCCGUUCCGGCCGUUUUUUCCUUCAGGCCCGCCCCAUGAGAAGUUGCCGUAUAAGUACUACAAAGGGAGCUGUGGCGCAACACGCCAUGCCAAGGGGCGAAAGAAACGCCUGCCCGCUCAGUUACUCAGGGGUGUCAGUCGUCAGUAAUGCAAAUUCAGUUAACCCAAAUAAUGCCAUAAAUAUUGAAUCAAUGUCCAUAAAUUUUAUUUUUCUAAGAUGAUACAUACUAAAUGUAGGAAGUCCCUUCCGUUCUUAGUAUUCCUCAGAAAUAACUUAACCAAGAUACAGUAUGAUACUUUUCCUUAGGUUCCCUGUUAUAUUUGACAUUAGGACAUACCAGAUACAGAAAGUCAUUCAUUUUCAGUUCCUUAAUCAGCGCCAUUGAAGGAUUUAUCAACAAACAGUACCGUCCUGGGCACGUGCCAGAAAUAUUGAUCGUUCUAGCCAGACGCAGUUAUCUGUUGCAGUUUUCUUACUCUAAAGCUGCUAAAAUAUUCUGUUGAAACUAGUGCGCGCAUGAAAACAGUGCUACUGAAGUUUCUAACAAGGAAGAGCUGAUUAUCAGGCUCAUGAGGGACUGAUAAGAUACGUGAUUCACAAAUUGACUUUCCAGGUGGCUGGAAAUGAAUAAGAGAGGGGACAUGCAGGAAGGAGAAGGUAUGCUGUCAUCUCUUUCACAUGUGUUUGUAGGGGAAGUUAAGCAGGGAAUCCAGUGUUGAACAUGUCGGGGUAUAACAUGCUAUGAUCUAAUGUGUUUUUUUUUCUAAACAAAUCCACAGCUCAUAACUACAUACUGGCUUGAGAUUAUUAGUGCUCAUGAAUUUCAAAAAUCAACAAAACCUGAAAACAAUGACAGCUGAUUCGAUGAAAAAAGAAGGCAUAUAUGAGUUUAAGAUUUCAGUCUAAAUGAAGUUCUGUGUUUGUGCUUUUGUAUUUACAAAGUGAGUGAGUACUCACAAAGUUAUCAAAGUUUUUAAAAAGUAUUUUUAUUACCCAGGAAGAUCAGUUUGAAUUCUACGUCUUUAUACUGUCUGGUUUAAAUCACCAGAACCGCAUAAGUAAUCAUAGUUUGUAUGAUUAAAAUUAUUUCUAUAUUUGAACAAUAGUAUUCUAAACAAAAGAUUGUUUAUAUGUCUUUUAUUUAUAAAAUCAUGUAAAAACAGCUUGUACCUUAUGUAUAAUCACAUAAAGUGACAAAUAAUAAAAUAUCUGUAAA